GUGGAGGUAGCGUUUGGUAGCGUGGAAGAUUUGGCAGCCAAAUACACAACUAAAUCGUCGCGUUUCAGCGACAGAAGUCCAGUUUGAUUGAGACAGUUCAGAAUAUUCUCAGUUAAGUGCAAUCUAUUUGAGUGAAAAGGUGCUCUAAAAUGUCCAAAACACAAAAUAAAGGCUUCACAAAAGAAGAGGAACUCCUUCUGCAAGACUUCAGUCGAGAUGUAUCUACAAAAUCAUCAGCUCUUUUCUACGGUAACGCACUAAUAGUGUCGGUUAUACCCAUAUGGUUGUUCUGGAGGAUCCAUAUGAUAGAUAUUUAUUCUUCAGUAGCUUUAUUUGUUGCUGUAACCGCUAUGUCCACAUUCUCAUUAGCAAUGGCAUACAGAAAUACUAAAUUCACACUCAAGCACAAAAUCGCUGUGAAAAGGGAAGAAGCAGUAACGAGAGAGCUUGGAAAAAAACUAGCAGAAGACAAAAAAAUGAGUAAGAAGGAGAAAGAUGAAAGGAUCUUGUGGAAGAAGAACGAAGUAGCAGACUUCGAAGCUACCACUUUUUCCAUUUUUUACAAUAAUGCCCUGUUCCUGACUAUUGUUAUUGUUACAAGCUUUUAUAUACUACGCUCCUUCACACCAACUUUGAACUAUGCCUUGUCAAUUGGUUCAGCAGCUGGUUUAUUAGCAUUAUGGUCCACCGGAAAACAGUAGGAAUUUAAGUUAUUGAUUAUGUAAUCAAUUCAACAAUUAUUAAAUUAUAUUAUAAUUUUUUGUACAAUGAUCUUUAUAAAUGCUCCAAUUUGUGGAAA